UCUUUGCCUUUUAUCGCGCCAAGUCAUUUACUGUAUCAUUCUAUGUGAACAAAAUUAUUUGACAAUGUUUUAUCAACAUUCAGUCCUGAGGUAAACUUUAAUCAAAUCGGUUGGCAAAUAGGAAUCAUUGUUUCCAUCGAUUAUAAAGUAGAACAUUUGAAAAUGUCUAAAGUUCGACCUCUGACACCAGAACUAGCCCUAAAGGCUCGAGAAGAACUUCACGAAGUGGAAAAUCGCAUUGCAGAUGAUAUUGCCGCUCUGCGAACAUGGAUUAUCAAACAACCCCAUCUGCAUGCCAGGACAGAUGAUCAAUUCUUGUUGUCCUUCCUCCGGGGAUGCAAGUUCAGUAUGGAGAAGGCUAAACAAAAAGUCGACUACUAUUACACUAUCAAAACAAUGUCCCCAGAAAUUUUCCUCAAUAAGCAGAUCGAUGAUAGAUCCAUGAGAUUAGCCAGACAUGGGCACAUAAUUCCCCUGCCAACACCGUUGAAGCCCGACGGACCUAGGAUUCAUAUAACUCGCUAUGCGAAUGUAAAUCCCAAAGAAUUCACCAUUCUGGAUCUUUUUAAGAAUCAACUUCGAAUUUUCGAAAUUCAAAUGUUCGAAGAUGACAAUUGUGUGAUUGGAGGAGUUCUAAAUGUUGCCGACUUGGGUAACAUUCCCAAGGGUCUAAUUUUGCAAUUCGACCCUGUUCUUAUUAAGAAACUAAGUGUGUUCGCCGAUAAAGCUGCGCCGAUUCGUAUAAAGGGAAUGCACUUGAUAAAUGUUCCAAAAGAAGCUGCAGCUCUCAUAAAUAUUGCCCGAAGUCUUAUGUCGAAAAAAAUUCGUGAAAGGCUUAUCGUUCAUUCUUCCCUGGAGAGUCUCUAUAAGUACAUCCCACAGGAUUAUCUUCCCGAAGAUUAUGGCGGUCACAAUGGCAGUUUGCAGGAUGCAAUUGAUAUCUGGGAAAAACGUCUUUUGCGGUAUAGGGAAUUUUUCGAAGAAGACGUUCAAUAUAAAGCGAACGAGAAGGCGCGAAUAGGAUCGAGAAUGAGCCCUGAGUCUUUGUUUGGUUUGGAAGGAUCUUUUCGAAAAUUAGAAGUGGAUUGAAGUAAAUUUUCCCACAGCUGUGCAGUGCUAACAAUAAUAAUUGUGAUUCAUAGCCAUUAUGAAGUUAUCGAUUUCAUUUUGUUUCCUAUUGAAAAAAAAAUUAAUAAUCUAAAGCAGAUAACUAUCUAUAGAAAGAUAAGCACGUGUUCAUUUCAAUAUUUUAUUAUUUAAUAAGUACUAUAUAAAAAUAUCUAGUUUGUAGAGUUUUUUUUAUUUUAUUGACAAUCCAUUGGGUAAAAAUUGUAAUUGUAAUCUAGGCCCUUUUAUUUUAACUACCAGAAUGAUUUUAUUUCAUUUAAAUAUGAUAAUUUAAAUUUAUUUAUAGCUUUUAUGACACAAAAAUGAGUAACUGACCUCUUUUAAUUUUAUGAACAUUUUGGUUAAAUAUGACGCUGGUUUAUUUACCUACGACUUAAGUAUCUUUUUUCAAUGUAAUGAUAAUAUCUUAUUGUAGAACAAGUAUUUUAUUUACAAAUACAUUGGUUUUUUGUUUAGUUAUGAUAAUAAAUUAUUUGUUUAAAUAUACAAAAA